UGAUGCAUUGCAUCCACCUCAAAAAACUAAUGAACUUGAUCACCAAAUCCCUUGUAUCUCUCUAUCUCUUUUGCCCCCCACCACCUUCAUUCAUAGUAAGGCACAAGAAUCACAUCUCCUUUCUUCUCCUUCUUCUUCUCUCUCCAAAUAUUUUCUUGAUGGAGGACAAGGAUGAGGAUUGCUCGAGUAGUAACAAUAGUAGUAGCCAUGGAGGAGGAGAAGCGGAGGGAGGCUUCUUAUCGGAGUAUUUCAGUAGGGCGAAGCUUGUGAUGCUUGUUAGCAUUACUGUAGCACUGUUGGUGCUUCCGUUGGUGCUGCCAUCGUUGCCCCCGCCGCCUAUGGUGGUGUUGUUGUUGCCGAUAUGCUUGCUCAGUUUAUUGUUCAUCUUAGCUUUUAUGCCAUCUGAUAAAUUGCUUCCCCUGUCAAAUGAGAUGUGGUAGUGUAAUGCUCUAAAGGCUUACUUUCAAUUGUUAGUUGUUGAGCACAUGUAUAUUUCGA